GCGAAGACCCAGCCACCUGACAAAGGAGUCCUGCCUUCUCAGAGCCCUACUUCUACUUCAGAGAAGCUCUCCAAAAAGAAGGGAAGAAUACCAGUCAGAUUCCUGCCGGCCUGGAGCACGAGUGCAGAAAUCACAGACGCUACCUCGUCAGGAUGAAAUGGGACCAUGACGUGUGUCAGUCCUGCAGAGGACGAAGUGCUAGAGGUCUCAGCCCUGCCAGAAACGGCUCAGAUGCGCAUUGCGCACCGCGGGGAUGCUUCCAGCUGGAAAAGCAGCGUUUACAUUUGUGUGAAAGCAGAUAGUUUUAAGAAACCAGCUGAGGCAAGAGUUAUAGCAGCUGUGGUUCCAGUCGUGACUGAAGUGCCCUGCGCUGCUACGGAUUCUGUUCUUGGACUAUCCUGUUGAGUGCUCACACCCCCGCCACACGCAGGAGGCAGCACUACUCUCUGUAUGUCCCAUUUUACAGAUGUGGAGACUGAGGCACAGGAAGGCAAGUCCCAGCCGGCCUGCAGCGAGGCGGGCAGCCGAGUCUCCUGCCCUGCCCCCACACUGAGGCGCGCGGACCCCACUCUGGGAGCGAACACUGUCCCCUGUCUGCUCUGCGCUCUCAGCCCUUCCAGCUGCUCCCUUUGCUUCGGCUCCUCCUUGCACACUGUGGCUCCAGCUCUGCAGGGCCUCCCUUUCCAGCCUUUCCUAGCGUUUCGGGAAAUGCGCACGGGGGCGCGUCCUCCGUGCCUUCAGGGCGCUCUUUGUGGGCACUGCCCCUGCGCCCUCUGCACCUGCGCCCCUCCGCACCUGUGCUCCUGUGCCCCUCUGCACCUGCGCCCCUCCGCACCUGUCACCCUCCGCACCCCCCACCCGGGGCCGGAGCCCCCUAACCACAUAGGUCUGAUUGCUGUAACAUGACAGCCCAAAACGCAGCUGCUUCACUCAGAUGACGUCACUUAUUCCUCACGGCGACACUGUGUGUGGACAGCCCGGGAGUGUGCCUCGGCCCCGCGUGGCUGGUCCACAUUCAGGGUCACCCCAAGGGGAACACUUGCUUAGUCUCUCAAAGGCCAAAGCGCAGAAGACGCACAAGUCUCUUCUGCUCGCACCUCAUUGGCCGGAGUUUAGUCACAUGACUGCACCCUGCUGCAAGGGAUGCUGGGGAGUGUAGUGUUUGCCUAUGCACUCGUGGGCACACCUGGAGCUUUCAUUAUUAUGGCAAAGGAAAAUGGAUAUUGUGUCCAGCACUGUUAUGUUAAUCUAUCCCAGCGCCAGGCUGUGGUGAGUACAUGAGUGAAUAAAGCUACUCUCCAAGCCUGGCUUCUCUCCCAUUGACUAGAAUUCCCUCCCUUUUUAAACAGAUAUUGAGAAUAACUGACAUCUUGAGCCCUGAGCGUGGACUAGGCACGGAGCUAAUUUCUUUACCUGUUUCCAUCCACCUAACCCUCACGACUCCGGACACAGUGCUGUAUUACCCCCAUUCUGACGAUAAGAGAAUGGGGGCACAGAGCUCACAUCACUUGCCUAAGGUCACACAGGUCGUAAGAAGCCAAACCAAGAUUCGAACCCAGGUGGUCUGGCCCUGGAGCCUGUGCUCUUAACCAUCAUGGUAUCAAUGUACCUCAGUGGAAACAGAGAUACCCCAGGUGGCCAUACCACUGGUGAGUGAAAGGGCCACUUCCAGCAUACAUAGCGUCCCUUCAUUCAUUCCCUCACAUAGCACACAAGCACUCAAGAGUGUGGCUGUGGCCGCAGUGAUGCUGUGUAAACACCACCACCACCCACGGAAGCUCAGGAGCACACAGCGAUAAGGGUUUGUCCGUGUGGCUCUGCUGGUGUGGCUGGGCUCCUUCGUGUGUCCAGUGGACUCUGGCUUGUCAGCUCGCCCGAGGCGGCUUUUCUGGGAGGACUGGGGUGACUCAGCACUGCCCUCCGAUCUUUCAUCCUUCAGAGGCUAGCCUGGGCAUAGCCUCACUCAUGGAGGCGGCAGAGGCACAAGAGAGAAGGCAGUGCUGGUGGCACAAGCAUUUCUGAACCUUUUCUGCUUCUAUCACACUUUGCCGACACCCCACUGGCCACAGCCAGUUCCAUGCCAAGUGAAGAUUCCGGACAGGAGCACACUGCAUAGCCACGUAGCGAAGGGUGUGGAUAUGGGUCAGGGUGAAGGAGCCCAGGCCUUAUUUGCAAGCUGACACAACACAGAACUUUGAACACAUCUCAAACUUCUGUUGGCUUUCCACCUCCUGUCCUGGGCCAAGCGAAGGACCAGGCCCUGGGUGAAUACGAAUGGGGGUUUGGGUUACAGGAGCCUGUGAUCUUCAGGGAUGUGGCCAUGUACUUCACACAGAAGGAAUGGCAGCUGCUGGAGCCCACUCAGAAGGACCUGUACAGAGAGGUGAUGCUGGAGAACUAUGGGAACCUGGCGUCCUUGGGGUAUCGGCUCUUCAAACCCAAGCUGAUCACCAGGUUAGAGCAAGGAGACGAACCCUGUGUCAAGGAGAGAGACAUCCCUCGAGCCCCCCAGCAAGGUGAUGCUGGAAUCAGUGAGAGCCCCGACUCCACAGACAAAACACUUUCAACCAAAGAUAAAGACAAUGGCACUAAAAAAGAGAGAGAUUUACAUUCUGAAUCCCUUUCAGACAAGAAGACAAGGCUUGUGCUGAAAAUGACAUUUCCAAAGCCAGGCAUCUCUACGAGGCCAUCCCUGGGGAAUGCAAAGGAAACGGCCCAAAGGGGUGCUAGGACAGAAAGGACUUUGGAAACUGAGGACAGGCCACUGAGGAGCAGGCUAAAAUCUGGCCCUAGGCUGGCCACGGACUCAUGCAAAAAAAUUCUCCCUAGAAAGAAAAGGCAUGAGUCCACGGCCAUGAGGAGAUGCCCAAGUCGUCCACCACCACCAACGACAUCACAGAGCACCCCUCGAGGAAAGAAGACCCUGAAAAGAGAUAUUCACGGGAAAACACAGGUGCCAGGCUUCCCAAGGCACAAUCGUCCAAGGAUCCAAAGGGGGAAGACACACUUUAAAUGUAAAGAAUGUGGGAAAACCUUCAACCAGACCCUCCACCUCAUCGAGCACGAGCGGAUCCACACGGGAGAGAAACCCCACAAAUGUGAUGAGUGUGGGAAGUCCUUCCGGCACAGCUCCUACUUCUUCACGCACUAUAGGAUUCACACCGGAGAGAGGCCCUACAAGUGUAAGGAGUGUGGGAAAGCCUUCAACAGCAGCUCCACGCUCAGCAGCCACCACAGGACCCACACGGGGGAGAAGCCCUUCAGAUGUGAGGAGUGUGGGAAAACCUUCAAGCAGAGCACGAAACUCACGCGGCACCGGAGGGUGCACACGGGGGAGAAGCCCUACCAGUGCAGCGAGUGUGAGAAGUCCUUUGGCCGCAGCUCCUCCUUGACGGAGCACAAGAGGAUCCACACGGGAGAGAAGCCGUACCACUGCAAAGUGUGUGGGAAAGCCUUCAGGUGCAACUCGCAUCUUUUCGAGCACCAUCGGAUUCAUCAGGAGGAGAAGUCCUACCAGUGUGAGCAGUGCGGGAAGCACUUCCGAAACAGCUCCCACCUGUCGGAACACAGGAGGGUUCACCAGCGGGGGCCCCCGGAGCAAUGCCGGGAGUGUGGGAGAACCUUCCGGCGCAAGGCGGCCCUUCUCAAGCAUCAGAAGAGCCACAGAGAGAACCAUACUUAUAAGUGUGAGGGAUGCGGGAAGGUCUUCCGGUGCAAGUCAAGCAUUCAGAGACAUCAGAGGAUGCAUGCCGGACAGAAGCCUUACGUGUGCCCCGAGUGUGGGAAAGCUUUCACCGACGGGUCCACCCUGACCAAUCACCGGAAAAUCCACACCACGGGGAAGCUGCACCCGUGCCCCAAAUGUACAAGGGCCUUCAGGCAGCUGUCGUCCCUGGUGCUCCACCAGAAAGUGCAUGCUAGAAAGGGACAGUGAACUCUGUGUGUGAGGGAGCCUUCAGCCGGGACCCACACCAUCGUAAUCCCCAGAGAAGUCCCAAGGACGCAAACUGUGGGAGUGGAGGUGUGCUGUACUUCUCACCAGAGGUUCCCUAGCUGACCAGGGGUCCUCAUUCAGGGCACAGCUCUACAUGGCCCUCACCUGGGACGUCUGGGGAAUGCUUGGGGAUAGUUGUGGUCGUCCCAGCCCGUUGUUGCCACUGGCAGGGAUGGAUAGAGGCCAAGGAUCGUCCGAGCCCUAUGAUGCACUGGUCACCUCCAUCUACAAGGAAUGUUCCCACCCCAAAUAUCAGUAGUGGCAUUGUGAGUAGUUGAACUUCAGAAGGAAUUCAGGAAUAGUUUUCUGUGUCGUCCGCUGCAGUAACCACUAGCCGGUGUGUGGCUAUUUACAUUUAAAUGAAUCACACAUAAAUGGAACGUAAAAUGUUUUCUCAGCUGCACCCAGCCAGGAUUCAGUGGCCAAACUCACUGGCAGGUGCCGAAUCGGACAGCACAGAUAGAGAACGUAUCCAUUGUUGCAGAAGGUUCUGUUUGGGCCGUGUUUGGAUCUUUUAUCAAAAUUAUCAUGCAGCGUAGCCCUGAGACCAUGAGUGUGGGGUUCAACCGCCAGUGACAGAAGGUAGCACGGCCCAGUGUAGCGCUCCCUGGAUGGCUUUUGAUGCUGUGUUGGCCCCCAAGAUGCUUCUGAUGUCUCAGGGCUGGCCAGCAUCCUGCCUGCAGGACACCCCCUUCUGUCUGGGGCAGAACACCCAGUUGGUCGCUGAUAAUGCUACUGACAAAUGCUGACAUCUGAGCACCUCACCUGCCACAUGUGGUGAGCACUUUACAUUACAUUGCCUCCUGGAAUCCUCUCCAGAGUCCUAUAAAAUAGGAACUGAUAUCAUCCCAUGUUAUAGCUGAGAAAAUGAGGCUCCGGAGAGCUUUUUUUUUUUUUUAGAUUAUUUCACAUUUUGCACAUGAAUCAAGAUAGUACUGCUAUUUUUAUAUUACAUGCUUUCAAAUUCAUGUCAUUUAAAUUUUCACAAAAUGUAUCUUUAUAAAAAAGUGUAUAGCUGUUUACAUUCCUGUUCAGUCUGCCCUUUUGGGCAGAGAGCAGCUUGGCUUUACCUAUGGCAAGAACAGGCACAGAGGAGACUCUAGAUCAGGGGUGGGCAAACCAGGGCCAGCCCAGCCUGUAGCCUGUUUUUGUAAAUAAAGUCUUA